AAUAAUGAUGAUGUGUAUAUUGUAGAGCUAUCACGUAGUAUUCAUAAAAAUUGUGAGCAAAAUGAAUCAGAUAAUAAUAAAAAUGAUGAUAUUCAGGGUAGAAAUAUUCAAGAAAUUCAAGUUGAAAGAAUGAGAGAACAUA